AUGCCCGAGAAUGCAGAGGCCCACUCCGCCACUCUUACCACCAAUCGCAACUGCACCAUGGAAAUCACCAACAUCAGCACCGUCUACUGCCUCGUCAACCCAAAGGUUCACAUGGAAAGUGGCUUCGCCCACAGCCCUCCGCAGCCCACCGUGCGCACCACUAAGACAGAGGUGUGCUCUUUCACCAAGGAUGACAACACAGCAUCAGGUGCUGCGGGUGUGCUGACCUACGACCUGUUUGACAUGCGCAACCGCCGCUGCGAUGGCAUUGUGGCCAUCAUGUUCUCCGUGCCGUUCGACUACAACUUCUACAAGAACUGGCUCGGCGUGGGCGUCCUUGAUAAAUCGAGAGCCGUCGACAGUAAGUUGUUCGACUACAUGUACAACGACAAGAACUGCAGCGACUUUGUCCGCUACGAGGCCAAAGGCUCAGGGCUGGUGUACAGAGGCAAGACGGUGGAUGUGAGGGCAUGUAUGUCCGAUGAGGGCAAAGCUAUUGUUAAACUGGAGCUGUAUGACAGGAUGGGCUAA